GUCUCCAGGCGUCCGCCCACGGAAAAGAGAAAUAUACGACACGCCCCGAACCUCGCCUCCGCCUCACGCAAAAAGAGAAGCCAAAGCCCCGGAAAAAAAUAAAAUAAAAAUCAACAGCAACAUUGAAAGCGAGUCAUCUCUUUCGUUGGGCCUUUCCCCUUUUCUCCGGAGCUCUCUUUCGAAUCCCUCCGCCGCCUCCUCUCUGCGUCAAAAAAGCAAACAGUAGACGAGCGGAGAGAAAACAACGGAGAAGAUGGGGAGCGUUAAGGAUGUGCAGUCGAAGAAGGAGCUCGACGACGCGAUUCGCGGGCCCACUCCCGUCGUUCUCCACUUCUGGGCGUCCUGGUGCGAGGCCUCGAAGCAGAUGGAUCAAGUCUUCGCCCAUCUCGCCACCGACUUCCCUCACGCCUUCUUCCUUAGGGUUGAAGCAGAAGAACAGCCAGAAAUUUCAGAAGCUUAUGCAGUUUCUGCAGUGCCAUACUUUGUGUUCUGCAAGGAUGGUAAAACUGUUGAUACCCUGGAGGGUGCAAAUCCAUCCAGUCUGGCUAACAAAGUUGCAAAAGUUGCUGGACCUGCUAAUCUUGCAGAAUCUGCUGCACUGGCCAGUCUUGGAGUGGCUGCUGGACCUACUGUUCUUGAAACAGUCAAAGAGCUGGCAAAAGAUAAUGGCUCUUCACACAGGGAAAGCCCAAGCUCUGACCUCAAUGAUAAAUUGAAGCUACAUCUACAACAGCUUGUGAAUUCUCAUCCUAUUUUCCUGUUCAUGAAAGGAAGUCCUGAGGAACCAAAGUGUGGGUUUAGCCGGAAGGUUGUUGAAAUUUUAAAAGAGGAAGGAGUUCAAUUUGGAAGCUUUGAUAUACUUACAGAUAAUGAAGUGCGUGAGGGGAUGAAGAAGUUUUCAAACUGGCCAACCUACCCUCAGCUUUUUUGCAAGGGCGAGCUUCUUGGUGGCUCUGAUAUUGCAAUAGCCUUGCAUGAAAGUGGUGAACUAAAGGACGUUUUCAGAGAUCACGGAAUUCCUGUUGUUUCCAGUGAAAAUAAAGUUGGAGCAUCGGCAAAACCCGAACUUCCUGUAUCUGGGAAAAGUGGAGGUGUUUCUGACUCCACAGGCCUCAGUGCUGCAUUGGCAUCUCAUCUUGAAAGCCUUAUUAAUUUGUGCCCUGUCAUGGUGUUUAUGAAAGGGAAACCUGAGGAGCCGAAGUGUGGGUUUAGCCGAAAGGUGGUUGAAAUUCUCCAGCAGGAGAAGGUUGCUUUUGAGAGCUUUGAUGUUCUUUCUGAUGAUGAAGUCAGGCAGGGACUCAAAGUUUACUCCAACUGGUCUAGCUAUCCACAACUAUAUAUAAAAGGUGAGCUGAUUGGAGGAUCAGAUAUCGUGUUGGAGAUGCAGAAGAGCGGGGAGCUGAAGAAUGUACUAGCUGAGAAAGGGAUUGUUCCAAAAGAAAAUUGUGAAGACCGGCUGAAAAAUCUGAUCUCCUCAUCGGCAGUAAUGCUUUUCAUGAAGGGCACACCAGAUGCUCCCCGCUGUGGUUACAGCUCAAAGGUUGUGGAUGCUCUUCAAAAGGAAGGUAUUAGCUUUGGGUCCUUCGACAUUCUGAGUGAUGAAGAAGUAAGGCAGGGAUUGAAGACAUUUUCUAACUGGCCAACCUUCCCUCAACUCUACUACAAAGGUGAGCUAAUUGGGGGUUCUGACAUUGUAUUGGAAAUGCAUAAUAAUGGGGAGCUCAAAUCCGCUCUUUCUGAGUAGGAGGGAUUUUGGUCAUCAAAAGACCAAACUAUUGUUAAGAUUUGUCUUUUAGCUUUCAGAGUUUGACAUCUUGAAAUAGUUACUUGAUGAGUUGAUGCAACAGCAUACGUCCCUAAACCUAAACCUAAAUUCUAUGAAUAAUAUGACAUGGACAUAUGCUUGCAAGAUAUUUCAUUUCA